AUGUCUGCUGUGGUCUUUGCAGAGAAGGAGGUGAUUCUCAGCGGAGGAGCCAUAAACUCUCCUCAGCUGCUGAUGUUGUCUGGAGUCGGGAACGCAGACGAUCUGAGAAAACACGGGAUCACUGUGGUCCAACACCUGCCAGUUCCACCCCGGGCCUGUGGGGUGGACCCUGACAUGCUGCAGUACCACCCCGGGCCUGUGGGGGUGGACCCUGACAUGCUGCAGUACCACCCCGGGCCUGUGGGGGUGGACCCUGACAUGCUGCAGUACCACCCCGGGCCUGUGGGGGUGGACCCUGACAUGCUGCAGCACCACCCCGGGCCUGUGGGGGUGGACCCUGACAUGCUGCAGUACCACCCCGGGCCUGUGGGGAGAACCUACAGAGAACCUGACAGAGAACCUACAGAGAACCUGACAGAGAACCUGACAGAGAACCUGACAGAGAACCUGACAGAGAACCUGACAGAGAACCUACAGAGAACCUACAGAGAACCUGACAGACAACCUACAGAGAACCUGACAGAGAACCUACAGAGAACCUACAGAGAACCUGACAGACAACCUACAGAGAACCUGACAGAGAACCUGACAGAGAACCUGACAGAGAACCUACAGAGAACCUACAGAGAACCUGACAGAGAACCUACAGAGAACCUGACAGAGAACCUGACAGAGAACCUGACAGAGAACUUGACAGAGAACCUGACAGAGAACAGAACCUACAGAGAACCUGACAGAGAACCUACAGAGAACCUGACAGAGAACCUGACAGAGAACCUGACAGAGAACCUGACAGAGGACCUGACAGAGGACCUGACAGAGAACCAGACAGAGAACCUGACAGAGGACCUGACAGAGGACCUGACAGAGGACCUGACAGAGAACCUGACAGAGAACCUGACAGAGGACCUGACAGAGAACCUGACAGAGGACCUGACAGAGAACCUGACAGAGAACCUACAGAGAACCUGA